AUGGAGCAAGAGGUCUCGGAGCCCGAACAGUUCUGGAAUGAACUCGACGCGAUCGUUUCUAAGCCUGCCGACUCGGAAGACCUUAUCGAUGAUGUCUUGAGGGCGUAUUUGGGCUUUACGACUCAGUACAAAGGUGCCUUUCCCUCCUUUAUAUCGCUCCGAACUGCUGCGUCACCGUCGGCAAUGGCUGAAUUCCUACGGUCAGAGUGGGAUAUUUCGCAAUGCUCGUAUAAACUCUUUUCGUCGAGCAUCUUCGGCGAAAAUGUUGAUUAUGUCCGUCGACAGAUAAUUUACGGUCUCUUGCAGGAAGACGACCCGGAUACCCUGCACCUGAUUACGUCGUUUUUACUCUUUGAUGGUCGACAGAGUGAAGUGUCGCUGCAGAUGAUGAAUGAGGAAGGUGUUUUUGCCAGACUGUUGGAGCUUAUCCAGGCGCGAAGGAGGGAAGAUAUGGAUAGUGAGGCGGGACUGCACCGGCUUUUGAUGGAUCUGCUAUAUGAGAUGUCGAGAGUCCAGCGUGUCAGGAUCGAAGACUUGGUGCUCGUGGAUGACGACUUUAUUCGGUGUCUUUUUGAUAUUAUCGAGGAUUUAUCUUAUGAUGUCACGGAUCCAUAUCAUUAUCCUGUUAUCCGAGUCUUGCUUGUUCUAAAUGAACAAUUUAUGAUCUCGGCCCAUGAUCCAGUGGAUGGGCCGUCGUCGUCAAGCAAAUUGACCAACAAGGUCAUCAAAGUUCUGUCUAUGUAUGGCGGUUUGUACAAGACUUUUGGAGAGAACAUUAUUCUGCUUAUUAACCGCGAAGCCGAAACAUCACUGCAGUUGCUGACACUGAAGCUGCUUUAUCUGAUUUUCACUACUCCCAGCACUUACGAGUACUUUUUUACCAAUGAUCUCCAUGUUCUGGUAGAUAUCUUGAUCCGGAAUCUGCUUGACCUUCCUGAGGAGGCAUCUGCACUUCGGCAUACCUAUUUGCGCGUGUUAUAUCCGCUUCUAGCACAUACCCAGCUAAGACAGCCACCGCACUACAAACGAGACGAGCUUAGAAAGGUGCUCAGUCUCUUAGUGCGGGGUCAAGUCUCCUAUGGAAAUGAUACCGAGCAAGCGAAGAUACUCCAUUUUGAGGAGGUUGACGAAACUACGCGGCGACUGGUCGCUCGAUGUGCGACGGUAGAUUGGCUGCGCAAUGUUGAACCUGAUAUGAAUGUUGCGCAAGAAGUUCCCACUCAGGUAGCAGUGACGGCUAGCAUCGAUACAGUCUUGGAAGACAAUGUUCAGCAGGACUCACCAAUUGAAAUCGGAGAUCCACUUGACCUGACCCGUUCACUGUCUCGUGCCAGCACCAUCCCUGACUCUCCAGGGGCAGUAUCGCCAACAAGAAUGGACUCCCGGGGCUCAUCCGAGGCGCCAGAAUCCCGUCGAAAGCUCAGCGCAGUUGCACGGUUGGGCAUGAAUCUUGAACCAGCCAGCUCAUCCUCUCUGAGCGUGCAAGCUGUAGCAGCGUUGCACGAGAAACCAGGUAUCAUGACACCCAGCCGCAAAGACGGUCCUGCAACCCGACCGCCAAAGAUUAAGCCCGAACCUCCCAAAUCCCGACGCUGGCGCGGUCGUCGCCUCGCCAUGGACGAGGAAGACCAGCAGCACUCGGUCGACACAAGCAGUGAGCGUAACAGCAACAGCAAUUCCACAAUUCCUGAAGGUGUGGAGGUCAGCCCUACCACCUACACUGCUCCAAAUACACCCUCCCACUCUAGUACUCAAAUCGAUCGCCGAAACUCCACUACAACCUCCCACCUCGUUCCCCCAGGACAUCCCACUCACGCACGCCGCUCUGCCUCGAACCCACCCCCGGCUGUGCCCCCACCCCGUCGCUCCGCAACCACCACCCCUUCUUCCAGUCAGCACCGCCCUUCUCCACCACCAGGGACAGCAGUACCCGCACCAUCUCCCGCACCCUUAGCAGUCGGCAAGCAUGGCGCAAAGCCCCUGCCGCCAAAGACUCGCCGCUGGGGCCGUGGCAAGACACAUAUGCCCACUGACUCUGUCGAGAGCGGAACUAGCAGCGGUAGUCUACCCAAGGAUGAUGACGAAACCGGUAUCAUCACGGAAACUACUUUACCUCCGAUAUCGAAGACAGAGACAGAGCUAGAGCCACGACUACAUGACCAUAGCCACCCAGUAUUGUCUGAUGGUAAUAGUAAUGGUACCCGUGAUCCCUUCUCGCCCACAUCACCCACCUCGCCCACAAUACUUCUUUCUCCCACAUCCCCUACCGCCGAACUCGACUUCCGAGUUGGUGAUGAGCAAGGCGGAAGUAACGGGUCUGCUGCACCUCUGAGUGUAGAAGAAGCGGUGCAGAAUGUUUCAUUGCAUUAG